AUGGGGUGUUGUCUAUCUUCUUCUUGCUCUUGCAAACAUGCAUCUCCGAACACAGUUCGACUAGUUCAUCUCAAUGGCUACGUAGAGGACUUGGACUAUCCCAUCUCAGUAAGUCAAGCCAUAGGGAACCCUCCUAAGCAGUUUCUAUGCACCGCGGCUCAGCUUUUAUCGGCAGGGUGCCAGCCACUAAGCCCCGAUGCUCCGCUCCAACCAGGCCAGCUUUACUUUGUGCUGCCGUUUUCGACUUUAAAGGGUGACACUUCUCCGCUGGAUAUGGCGGCGCUGGUGAAGAGGUUGACGGAAAGAGCUAAAUCCCACCGUGCGUUGCCGGAAACUAGGUGUUUGUCGAGGACGACGAUGACCAUGAACGGCCGGACGAGGAGAAGGGAGACGACGGUACAUGGUGGGGUUCGAAGGUCGUACAGGGUGAGGUCGUGGAAGCCCAUUUUGGAUACUAUUAGAGAAAUGUCGUUUAGUCGAAGGAGUGAAUCUGAUAUACAAGAGAUUGAUUUUAUUACAAGCAAUGUAUAG